GCUAUUACCAUACUGAAUAACCUAUAAUAAGGACAUUUGUCCACCUUUAUCAUCACGAUUUCAAUCUCACAAUUUUUUUUUGAACUUAGCAAAAAGUGGCUAAAAUAUCCUGAAAGUGUUAGAAAUGGAAGAUAGUUUGACUGAUAUUCCAAACUUGAACUUCUCUAGCUUUGGAGAUGAAGAAGUGGAAGAACAAAUUCAAGAAAAUGUUGGAGAAAUAAGUGAAGAGAGUAAAGAUAUCAAAGGAAAGGAAGAAGGUGGGGUUAUUCAUAAUUUCAUUUCCAACAUAAUGAGCCCUAGAUCAGGAGAUGAAGAAGUGGAAGAACAAAUUCAAGAAAAUGUUGGAGAAAUAAGUGAAGAGAGAAAAGACAGCACAGAAGGUGGGGUUAUUAAUAAUUUCAUUUCCAACUUAAUGAGCCCUAGAGCAGGGGAUGCUAGCAACAAUGGAAAAAAUAAUUUCUUAGAUGAGGAUAAUAACAAGGAAGAUAUAGCUUCUGAGCAAAGUGGUAAUAGUGUCAGUGGAAGUGGAGGGAUAAUCAACAAUUUCAUCUCCAAUAUUUUUCAUCCAACUGAAAAUAUAAAUGCUGUUGAGAUCAACGAAGAAAACAGCAGUGGAGAAGGACAAAAAGGUGGGGUGGUUCAAGAAAAUGAAACUGCAAGUGUUUUAGAUAAUAUUGUUUCCCACUUGCCAACUCCUCUUGCAGAUGAUGCAGUUCCGGCAACAGAUGAGGCUUCAAUGCUGAUUCAUUCAAUUGUUCAUGACUAGGGGAGAUAUAUUCGUAUGGAGAAGAAUGUGGUGUAUAUACGUUUUUACUUUUUGUGUAAGUUUUUAAUCUGCAAUCUCAUUGAUAUUUGUGGUUGUCAGUGCUGAGAAUGAGAUCAGAAAUGAGUCAAUGACUGCUCCUUUGUCGUUUUA